UAGAGGCUCAGCACCGAUGGCUAUCGCGGGGCUUUCCCGCCCGCAAGCCUCGCGCUUUCCCCGGCGCUCCCCUCUCUUUCCCAGAUUUCCUCCCUCUCCCUCUGCUUCUCUCCAAAAUAAACCAACAAUUCUACUCUCCAUUCCCCUCCCCUCUCCUGCCCUUCUCCUAAUCCCUCCCAUCCUAUUCAAUCAUGGACGAUCGAAUCAUCGACGACGACGACGGCCAUCUCUCCGACCCCGCUACCGUCCCCUCCUCCAAGCCCCGCAACUCAGCUCCUGAGCAUCCUCGCCGCCCAAUGUCCCACAGCCAACCCCUCGUCGUCCGUGAUCCCGCCUACGCCCUCAGCAACAGUGCUAAGCGCAACGCUCUCCGUAAGCACUCCCUCGACGAUGAUCGCAUCCUCCCCCCUGAAUCCUCUCCCUCCUCAUCCUCCAAUCCCUUCUGCGUCGACACGCCGCGCUCUUACUCCUACUCCCACUACAUUCCUCCCCAUCUCCCCUCCCCUGGCCGCCCUAACCCCGCCUCUCUCUCCAGUGGCGAGCCUAAUGGAUCCCCUGUCGCCGAGCUUUCCGAGUUCCUCGUCCCCCCUGGUGCCCUCCCGGAGUUCAUCGGUCGCGGCGGUGGCACCGGCAUUUUCAAACCCCCUCUUCGCGCUCCCACGCUCCCUAACCGCCCCCCUCCUCUGGAGAUUCGGCCUCAUCCCUACCGCGAGACCCAGGUGAAUUCCUUCCUUAGGACCAUUGCUUACGCCCCAUCGCAGCUCUGGGCCGGGCACGAGUCCGGUGUCCGUGUCUGGGAGCUUGAAGAUGUCUACAAGGCCUGGGACGAUAAGGAUGGAGGGUUUUCGGGUUUCAAUGUGAAGAGAGGGGAUGAGCAGAGCGCUCCGUUCCGCGAGUCCUGUUGCCCGACGACCCCCACGCUUUGUUUGGUGGUCGAUGCUGCGAAUAAGUUUGUGUUUACUGGGCAUAAGGAUGGCAGGAUUCGCGUGUGGAUGAUGGAGCUGAGCAUGGCUGUGCAGCAAGAGAGUGCAGCGGAAAAGGUAGUGAAUGGUGUUGAUUUCAUUGCCACCACGAAUAAUGUGGGUAAGACUACCAAUGGUGAUGGUGUUUCCAGCUUCACUGAGGUGUUGGCCUGGGUUGCACAUCGCAGUGCAGUCCUCUCAAUGGCGAUCUCUGCAAAUGGUGAAUUAUGGUCAGGAUUUGAAGGAGGAGUUAUUAAGGUUUGGCCUUGGGAAGCCAUUGAAAAAUCCCUCUCUAAGGGUAGUGAGAUAGUUGAGAGGUCUUAUAUGGACCUCAGGAACCUAAACAAUGUUGGAGGUGUUUGUGCCUUGCCAGCUGCUGAUAUAAAAUAUUUGUUAUCUGAUCAUUGUAGAUCAAAAAUGUGGAGUGGAGGUUACCAAACUUUUGCAUUGUGGGAUUCUCGUUCAAAAGAACUUCUGAAAGUCUUUGCCCUAGAUGGCCAAGUUGAGAAUCGGGUUGAUAUGCCGUCAGACAAUGAUCCUCAUGUAGAUGAUGAGAUCAAGAUAAAGCUUGUUCCCUCUUCAAAGAAAGAGAAAUCACAAGGUUCUCUGAGCUUUUUUCAACGUUCAAGGAAUGCACUUUUCGGAGCAGCUGAUGCUGUUCGGAGAGCCGCAGCGAAGGGAGCAUUUGGAGAGGUUUACCGUAGAGUAGAAUCAAUGGUAAUGGCAAUGGAUGGAAUGAUUUGGACUGGUUGCUCUAAUGGCACACUUGUUCAGUGGGAUGGGAGCGGUAAUCGGAUUCAGGAAAUUCAGCAUCUUAUGUCAUCUGCUAAGUGCCUCUGUGCCCAUGGAACAUGUUUAUGGGCAGGUUAUGCAAAUGGCACUGUUCAGGUUUUGGAUCUCAAAGGGAAAUUGGUUGGAGGGUGGGUUGCCCAUAACAGUCAAGUUAUAAAGAUGGAUAUUGGUGGUUCUUAUGUCUUUACAUUGGCUAACCAUGGUGGUGUUCGUGGGUGGAACCUUGCAUCACCUGGCCCUCUUGACAGUAUAUUGCGAUCUGAGUUGUCCAAUAAAGAGAUUUCAUAUACAAAAUUAAAAAAUUUUAAAAUUUUGGUUGGUACUUGGAAUGUUGGACAAGGAAGGGCAUCUCAUGAAUGUCUAACAAUGUGGCUGGGAAGCACAGCUGCAGAUGUUGAUGUGGUUGUUGUUGGAUUGCAAGAGGUAGAAAUGGGUGCAGGUUUUCUUGCAAUGGCUGCAGCUAAGGAAACAGUAGGAUCACUAGAGGGUAGUAGUAAUGGAAAUUGGUGGUCAGAUGCAUUAGGGAAGGUGCUGGAUGAAGAUGACUCCUUUGUGCGUGUUGGUUCUCGGCAGUUGGCAGGAUUGCUUCUCACUGUAUGGGCUAGGAAAACUCUUAGGCCUUACAUGGGUGAUGUCGAUGCAGCAGCUGUACCAUGUGGGUUUGGUCGUGCAAUUGGUAAUAAGGGAGCUGUAGGUUUGAGAAUGAGAAUCUAUGACCGGAUAGUGUGCUUUGUAAACUGUCAUUUUGCUGCACAUCUGGAGGCGGUUAACCGGCGCAAUGCUGAUUUUGAUCAUGUUUAUCGUAAUAUGACUUUCACCCGAUCAUCCAAUUCUCAAGCUUCAGCAGCUAUAUCCUCUUCGUCAAGUCACCAUCGUGGAGCAAAUGCCAAUGGAACUCAAUUUGAUGAUGGUAGACCUGAAUUAUCAGAAGCGGACAUGGUUGUAUUUCUUGGUGAUUUCAAUUAUCGGCUUCACAGCAUUACAUAUGACGAAGCAAGAGACUUUGUUUCUCAAAGGAUGUUUGAUUGGCUUAGAGACAGAGAUCAACUUCGAGCAGAAAUGAAAUCUGGCAAGGUCUUUCAAGGAAUGCGUGAGGGUCUAAUUAGAUUUCCUCCUACAUACAAGUUUGAAAGACAUCAAGCUGGUUUAGGAGGAUAUGAUUCUGGUGAGAAGAAGCGAAUCCCUGCUUGGUGUGAUAGAAUUUUAUAUCGUGACAACCGCCUUACUCCAGUGUGUGAAUGCUCGUUAGAAUGCCCUAUCGUUUCUUCAAUUUCUGAGUAUGAUGCUUGCUUGGAGGUCACUGGCAGUGAUCACAAACCUGUCAGGUGCAUCUUCAAUGUUGAAAUGGCACAUAUAGAUGAGUUAAUAAAGCGCCAAGCUUUGGGAGAUAUUAUUAACUCAAAUGAGCAAGUGAGAUCCAUGCUCAAUGAAUAUAAUAACAUUCCUGAAACUGUUGUUAGCACAAAUGACAUCAAGCUACAAAAAGGAGAAGUCCCUCUCCUACAAAUUACAAACAACAGUGAAAAGGACAUCUCUGUUUUCUGCAUCAUUUGUGAAGGCCAAUUUACAGUUAAGGAGGAAAAACAAGCCUCUGAGCUUCGUCCCAGAAUUUCUUUUGGCUUCCCUCAAUGGAUAAAGGUCAGUCCUGCAGCUGGCAUAAUCAAGCCUUUGAAUACCAUAGAUGUAUCUGUGCAUCAUGAUGAUUGCCAUAACAUGGAGGAGUUUGAAGAUGGAAUCCCCCAUAAAUGGUGGGUUGAAGAUACUAGGGACAAAGAAGUGAUUUUAUUGGUAAAUUAUGUGGGCAGUUCUUCAGGUGAGAGCAGAAGCCACAGGAUUCAUAUUCACCACUGCUGCACAACUAAGAGUGAAUCAAAAGAGCAUAAAAAGUCUAAACCAAAACCCGAGUAUUUAGUGCUUGGUGGUUCGUCAGAGGUGCUUAACUCCAGCCAAAUGCGUUGCCAUUGAAAGGAGAUGUACUGGAAGAGUUGAAGAAGGUGAGGAAUCAUUCAUUCUUCUGUUCAAGCAAGCAUCUCUACAUUCUAAAGCUAUGUUUUUCCAUCUGUGUUAAGGGAAGCCACAUUUGGUAGUCAUAUCCUCUCCUCUCUGUGAGGGUUAUAAUUCUUUGAUUAGUUUUUUCUUUUAUUUUUAUUUUUUAAUUUUUUAAUUUUUUAACUGAAGAAGGGCUCUGUGUAGCAUUAGAGUUGUUGACUGGAGUACCAUUUUGAAAAAGGUUCCCUAACACAUGUAAAUUAUAUUGGUUGACAGAA